GUCGUGACGUCGUGCUGCGCAGCGCGACGAAUUUCGCCCGUGAUAGGUGGCAGACAUUUUGUUUUGACGACGCAACGCAAACGAAAGCAUAUUCUAUUUAUCCACGAAAUGCCAUUAAACGCCGUAGGAUGGACUUCUGAAGAAGACGAAGCGCUUGUUGAAUUAGUGCAGCCUCACGCGAUUCUCUACAAUCUCCUUGACCCUUCCAGAAAAAACAUUUUGGCCCGUGCAUCAACUUGGCAGGAAAUAGCUCAAGCAUUAUUGAAACCAGUGGAGGAGUGCAAAAAGCGUUGGCGAGGCCUCCGUGAUGGGUACAUGAGGAGCAAACGUGUUGGUACUGUGCACAAGACAAAAGCGAGUAUUUUUGAAAAGCUGCAAUUCCUUGACGGGGUAUCAGUUGAUGGUGUCGAUGUUAAUGAUGAGUCGCUAGAAUACGAUGAAACGGACGAUAAGUACAAAGAUAAUGUGAUGUUCACUGAACAACAGGUCAUUACUGAUAACCAGGAAUAUUAUGAGAUCACAAUAGUUGAUGGACCAAAGGAAGAAACAGAGAAUAAGCAAAUCUUAAAAAUCAUGCCGAAAAAUGAUAAAUUGUCACAAAUACUGUUAGAGGAGAACUUGGAACCUCCGAAGAAAAUCGGAAGAAAAAAUGCAGGGAGAAAGAAGUCUUUACCGAUGCCUAGGAACACUACACCUAUAAAAAUAUUACCUAAACCUAUAUUAUUAAAUGAACCUAGAAUAGUGAAAUAUGUUGAAGAACCAAAAACGCCAGAACAAAGAUCGCAAGUUAUAGAUAAACUUAUAGAAAAAAUACUCAAAGAAAAUACAAAUGAAAUAGACGUUUUCUUCAGAAGUAUGGCAGCUAGUGUUAAAAAGUUACAACCUAAUUUAAUACCUAAGGUGAAAAUGGAAGUUUGUAAUGUUAUCGCAAAAUAUGAAAUGCAAAGUUUUGAUAAGCAACCACAGAAUAAUUGAUUAUUUUAUACAAAUGUAAAUACAUUAUAUAAAGUUAGAGUAACAUAUAAUAUUGAAGAAUUGGCCUUUUAAACGCAUAUUGUUUUUUAUGUAUAUAUUUAAAUGGAUUAAUUUUAUGACAAAAAGAAGCCACAAUGUUCUUCCAAAUGUAAAAAUGAUGUUGGAUAAUAUGAUAGAAUGGUUGUAUCAAAUUAUUUAAGAGAUUAUAAAAAUCUUUCGUUAUUAUUAAAAGAUAUUUAAAGUUAAA